UGCUCUGUGUCCCUCAGACACAGCAGAUCACCGAUCCACGGAAAGAGCAGAAGUUGUCGGCUCGGUCAUGUGAUCAGCUGUGUCCAAUCACAGCUGAUCACAUGGGACAUGUACACUGAUCAUCAGAGCACCGAUGAUCUGUGUAAUCCCAGCAGUGCCACCUGCCAGUGUCCAUCAGUGCCAGCUGUCAGUGCUCAUCCAUGCCACCUACCAGUGCCCAGUGCCACAUAUCAGUGCCACAUUUCAGUGCCUACCAGUGCACAUCACUGCCACAUAUCAGUGCCCAUCUGAGCUGCCUUUCAGUGUCACCCAUCAGUGCCAGUCAGUGUCAUCUAUCAGUGCCAGUCAGUGCUGCCUAGCAGUGCCAGUCAGUGCCGCAUAUCAGUGCCAGUCAGUGCUGCAUAGCAGUGCCGCAUAUCAGUGCCAGUCAGUGCUGCUAGCAGUGCCGCAUAUCAGUGCCAGUCAGUGCUGCAUAGCAGUGCCGCCUAACAGU